AUGUGUCUUGGAGCCCUGGCAUACUAUUGGUACUUCGUAGCGCAUUCACGGGACCUGAUCAACGCACCAAUGUCCAAUGAGAACUUUUUGUCUGCCUUGAAACCAGUUAUCGGCACCCAGCUUUUCUCUAUAAGCGCGCAGUUAGCGCCCGAAGACUCCAGGGAACAAUCACAGCCUCGUCCCGUCUCGAAUAUGCACCAAGCAUUAUCUCCCAUCUUGCAAGGCUGCUGUAGCAAGCGAAUAACUCAUCAAUGUGAUACGACGAUCUCGCAAGGCUGGAAGAUGGUAGCAAAGUCUAGACUUCGCUCGGCCGGAGCCUUCCGGGCGAUUGUAAGCAGUGGUGAGGAGAUUACUUCUCAAGGUACCGCUGAACUAGCAGGCAUAGUAGCUUUGACUCCCACAGCUACUAAGACUACAUUUGGCGAAGGAGUUCUUUGGGUGGAUAUACACCCAGUCUCGCAACCAGCUCAGAACGCGCAUCACUCCAAAAUCACGGGGAGGAUACGCUAUCCUGAUUUUAAAACAUCAGGCCACUGUCAGACAGAAGGCUGCGGGGUUGCCGCGUCAGACACGGAUGAUGUAAGUGCACAAGAUGCUCUAAUAUAUGGGGACAAUGAGCUAACUCCUAGCACUAUUGCGACCAACCUGUUUCUUGGGCUGACUCUAUCUUCCCUCGCCAGACUGAACCUCUAUCCUGUCAACUACACGACUCUGCUGACUUCGAGAUCGUGUGCAGCGCGCGUCCCAGUUUUGAAACCUCGAGAUUCCUCGGUGCUAGCCAUACAUAGACUGUUUUAUCUUGGCAUUGUCCCAACUAAACAGCCCAGUGCAAGCCAGCUAAGAUUUGAACAAAAGCUCGUUCUCCAGCCUGAGAUGGUCAACAUCUGCACCUCGGUUUGGAAAGCGAGCACCAAGUCUCAUCCAGUUCUGAUUCAGGGUAAUUGCAUAGCCAACUUUAAACCCGCGUUUCACAGCUCAGAAUUGCGUUACACUCGUUAUUCUAACGCAUCGGAACCUUCAAAUACGUCCCUAGAUCCUUGCCCGGACCGCAGCUUUCAAGCUACAUUACAUCAGAAAUCCAUCAAAACAGAUCCAUAUGCAAAGCGACCCAGUUACCCACCGGAGAAGCAUGCAUUAACUAUUGGGAACGCAAAUAACCCUGUGGUGUUAAACCCUAUACAUCGCCCAGGUAUUGGAAACCAAGAUAUUGACGUGGAAGGUCUGCCUGGGCAGAGUACAAAACCCUUCAGUAUGCUCCAACAGGCAGACACCGACCCGUACAGUGAUAUUCAGCACUACAUAAAACCCAGAGAAAGUAAUGAUUUCUCAGUGUAA